AUGGGCAUUUUCGCUUUCGGCGGAAUCGUUUGUGCCAUCUCCAUCGUGCACCUCCACUCGCUUCUGAUCAUAGUUACAUCGGAAGAUCCACCAUAUGAUAUUACAGGUGCGGCUAUCUUUUCAGUCGUCGAGAUCAACGUCGCUAUUAUCGGAGCGUGCUUACCCACACCACGUCCCCUCCUUGCGAGUUUACAUUCCAGAUUCUUUACCACUCGCGGUACGCAUGGCUACACUCACAGCUUGUCUGAGGAAAGCCCCCACAAGCGCUUGUCGGAAUUGCCCGUUUUCGAUAGGAACCAAAGGAUUGCUCUCGGUGUGCUUUCUCUAAAGCAAGUGCUGGGCUACGAGGGUCAAGAUGUCGAUGAGAUCCGUAUUGUCACAAAGGUACAGGUCGAAGCUGACGAAAUCGACGAAACAUCAAAGCAUAGUAGUACCGAAAGCCUAUUCCGUAAACCAAGACUGCUGGGGAUAUUGCCUGAGGUAGACGUCGUUGUAACCGGUUUAGGCCUUGUGUAUUCACGUACCUAG